UUGAGUUGCACUGUGGACCACUUACGAAUUCGAAGAAUUGAACGUCUCCGAAAUGCCAAAUGCGCCAGAGAAACCAUCCCUCGUGAUCAAAGAUGCCUUUCUAUCUUCAUUUCUGGUUUUCAGGACCAUGUCAGGACGUAUACCGUAGUUGCAAGCGAUGGCGGGAAGAAGAGCGCUGCUCAUGGACUAGGCCGAUAUCACCGUUCUUCACCGAUAACUGCGCACUUUCGUGCGGAUUGUGCCGCAGUAGCGGGAGAAAAUUACUGUAUCUUUACCAUCACCGAUUUAGGGUUACCAAUAACACUACCGCCGAUUCUUGACAAUAUUGCGUGGUUUGUCGGCAGAUGGGAAUGCAAAACAACGCAAGGCGAAAAUUUCCCUGAAGCGCUCUCAGGACCUUAUCGGGAAAUUCUCGAAGUGCAAAUUUCGGAUGUUCCGAUGUUUGAUCGACCACCAGUGAACAUAAGGCAAGCCUUUUAA